ACCGACGCACUUAAAAUGCUGGAGCGGCUGGCUUGACCGCAGUCUGUUCAGUCGUUCUGUCGCAGGUAAAGCGAAGAAAUGGAGGCAAUAUACAGCGUUCUUGGCUUGGAGUGGUUAGACACCAAGAGUAUUUUGAUAUUUGUCUUUGUAUUUCUGCUACUGAGCGAUAUUUUGAAAAACAGAAAACCGAGAAACUUUCCUCCUGGUCCGCAUGCUCUCCCUUUUAUCGGAGAUCUUCAUCGUCUUCAACCUACCAGACUUCACCUGCAGCUGACAGAAUUUGCAGAGGAAUAUGGGAAUAUUUUUAGCCUUCAUCUCUUUGGUGAAAGGGCUGUGAUCAUUAAUGGCUACAAACAUGUGAAAGAGGCCCUGGUCCAACGAGGAGAAGACUUCACAGAUCGACCUAUUAUACCAAUGUUUGAAGAAUUAGUUGGAAAUAACGGUCUUGCAACAUCAAAUGGUUAUCCAUGGAAACAGCGGAGGAGAUUUGCUCUUCAUACACUCAGAAACUUUGGUUUGGGCAAGAAGACCCUGGAAGUAUUCAUCCAGCAGGAGUGCCAAUAUCUCACAGAGGCCUUUGCAGACCAUCAAGGCAAGCCUUUUAAUGGCCAGACACUGAUAAACAACGCUGUUUCCAACAUCAUCUGCUGCUUGGUGUUUGGGAAUCGAUUUGAGUACAAUGACAAGCAGUACCAGUCUAUUCUUCAGGGCUUGAAUGACAUUGUGCGUUUACAGGGAGGUUUUAUGACACAGGUGUACAACACAAUUCCUUGGCUGAUGAAGAGGAUACCUGGACCUCAUCAGGAGAUAUUUCGUGUGUUACAGAAGAUUAUUGACUUUGUUGAACUCAAGAUCAAAGAACACAGAGCGAACCUUGACCCCUCAUCUCCAAGAGACUACAUCGACUCCUUCCUCAUUGAGAUGGAAAAGACGGAGGACCAGGACUCAAGUUUUACCCUCAACAGUUUGUGUUUUUGCACCCUGGAUCUGUUCUCUGCUGGAACUGAAACCACCACAACUACUUUACACUGGGGGCUGCUAUACAUGAUCAACAACCCUGAUAUACAAGAGAGAGUCCAGGCUGAGAUAGAUGCUGUGAUUGGUUCAUCCAGACAGGUGUCUGUGUCUGACAAAGAAAAUAUGCCCUACACUGAUGCCGUCAUUCAUGAGAUACAGAGAAUGGGUGACAUCAUCCCUCUAAAUGUAGCUCACAUGACAAACAAGGACACCACACUGGACAAGUACACAAUUCCAAAGGGCACUUUGAUUAUACCAACACUUCACUCGGUCCUACAUGAUAAACAGAUGUGGGAGACUCCAAAUACCUUCAACCCUCAACAUUUUCUGGACCAGGACGGUAAAUUUAGGAAGAGGGAGGCCUUCAUUCCUUUCUCUGCAGGUCAGCGUGUCUGCCUUGGAGAACAGCUGGCCAGGAUGGAGUUAUUCCUCUUUUUCACCUCCCUCCUGCAGAGAUUUUCUUUCUCUGCACCUGCAGGGCAGCAGCCCAGUUUGGAGUUCAUGUUGGGAGGCACUCGCAGUCCCAAACCUUACCUCGUCUGUGCAAAACCACGUUAAACGUCCAGCCAUCCCAAAUUAAGAAUCUUAAGAGGACCACUAGAUUUAUUUUGUUAUGAAUAAAACCAAAAAUACCUGCUUAAGAAAUAGUGAUGUUAACAAUGUUCUUACUUCAAUUUAAGUGUAAG